GACGAGAGAAUCGGGGAGAGGAGCCAAACCCGGCUGGUGCUGGGCGGCCUCAAGGGGCUCAGGGGGUCGCGACCCUCCCUUAGCAACAGCCGCCGGCCGAGCGGCGUCGCGCGGGGGAUUUUUCUGAUUGGCCGAGCCCCGCCGCGCCUGGCCAAUGAACGCGAGCCACGGGACCCUGCGCGUCCCCGCCCACCCCCGCGCCGGCUGAGGGGCCGCUCGGAGCGUACCAAGCGCGGGCGCGCAGGGGGGGAGCCCAGCGGUUCAGGGUUUAGAGGGGUCCCGACCUCCCACACUCCUCUCGCAGAGGAGAACGAGGGGGCUCCUCAGGAUCUCUGUAGGGAGGAGCUGCUCUGGGGGGCGAGGUGGGGGGAGCAGGUUGGGAGUGAACCCCUCCCGGUCUCCCCCCCCGGGCAGCAGGUGGUGCGGUCCGGGCGGAAGUGAGGUGUCGCGCGCUGAGGCGGUUCCGGUGUGGGAGCGGCCGGGGCUGGGGGGGCUGAGGCGGGGUCGGGCCCGGCCGAGGCCAUGCUGUGCACGGCGCUGGUCAUGGCCGGCAGCCUGGCGCUCACCACGGCCGUGGUGGCCCACGCCUACUACCUGAAGCACCAGUUCUACCCCACCGUGGUGUACCUCACCAAGUCCAGCCCCAGCAUGGCCGUGUUGUACAUCCAGGCUUUUGUGCUGGUGUUCCUGCUGGGCAAGUUCAUGGGCAAGGUUUUCUUCGGGCAGCUGCGCGCGGCCGAGAUGGAGCACCUCCUGGAGCGCUCGUGGUACGCGGUGACCGAGACCUGCCUGGCCUUCACCGUCUUCAGGGACGACUUCAGCCCGCGCUUCGUCGCCCUCUUCACCCUCCUCCUCUUCCUCAAGUGCUUCCACUGGCUGGCCGAGGACCGUGUGGAUUUUAUGGAGAGGAGCCCCAACAUCUCGUGGCUCUUCCACUUCCGAAUCGUCUCCCUGAUGUUCCUGCUGGGAAUCCUGGACUUCCUCUUCGUCAGCCACGCCUACCACAGCAUCCUGACCCGCGGCGCCUCCGUCCAGCUGGUCUUCGGCUUCGAGUACGCCAUCCUGAUGACCAUGGUGCUGACCAUCUUCAUCAAGUACGUGCUGCACUCCGUCGACCUGCAGAACGAGAACCCCUGGGACAACAAGGCCGUGUUCAUGCUCUACACCGAGCUCUUCACCGGGCUGAUCAAGGUGCUGCUCUACAUGGCCUUCAUGACCAUCAUGAUCAAGGUGCACACCUUCCCGCUCUUCGCCAUCCGCCCCAUGUACCUGGCCAUGAGGCAGUUCAAGAAGGCCGUCACCGACGCCAUCAUGUCCCGCCGGGCCAUCCGCAACAUGAACACGCUGUACCCCGACGCCACGGCCGAGGAGCUGCAGGCCAUGGACAACGUGUGCAUCAUCUGCCGCGAGGAGAUGGUGACGGGCGCCAAGCGCCUGCCCUGCAACCACAUCUUCCACACCAGCUGCCUGCGCUCGUGGUUCCAGCGGCAGCAGACGUGCCCCACGUGCCGCAUGGACGUGCUCCGCGCCUCGCUGCCCCCGCAGCCGCCCCCCGAGCCCCCGGCAGCGGCAGCGGCAGCGGCGCAGCCCCCCAACUUUGCGCAGGGGAUGCUCCCUCCCUUCCCGCCGGGGAUGUUCCCGUUCUGGCCGCCCGUGGGGCCCUUCCCGCCCGGCCCCGCCGCUGCCCAGGCCCCGCCCGGCACCGAGGCCGCGGCCGCGGGGGCCGCUCCCGGUGAGCUGAACCGUCCCCAGGGGUGUCCCCUAUGCCGGGGAUUUGGGAUUGGGGAUUUGGGGGAUCCCAGGAUUGAGGAUUCGGGGAUUCGGGGAUUUGGGGAUUUGGGGAUUUGGGGGUCUGGUAUCUGGGGACCCCAGGCUGAGCCGUCCCCAGGGGUGCCCCCCAUGCCCGUGCCCCCCGCCGGCUUCGCGGGGCUGACGGAGGACGAGCUGCGGGCCAUGGAGGGCCACGAGCGGCAGCACCUGGAGGCGCGGCUGCAGUGCCUGCACAACAUCCACACGCUGCUGGACGCCGCCAUGCUGCAGAUCAACCAGUACCUGGGCGUGCUGGCCUCCCUCGGGUACUGGGAUGGACUGGGGAGGAGCCCCCGGCACCGGGACCCUCGGGAGCCCCCGGAGGCAGCGGUGAAGCCGGCCCCGGCCGAGGAUGAGGAGGAGGCGGCCGAAGGCUCCGAGCCCCGCGAGGGCCCCGACACGGCCGAGCUGCGGCGGCGGCGCCUGCAGAGGCUGGGGACCCCUCCCCACUGACCGGGACCCCCCCAGGACCCCCCAAACUGACCGGGACCCCCUAGGGACC